GCAGCAGCAGCAGCAGCAGCAGCAGCGUCAGCAGCAGCAGCGUCAGCAGCAGCGUCAGCGCAGCAGCGUCAGCAGCAGCAGCAGCAGCAGCAGCAGCGUCAGCAGCAGCAGCGUCAGCAGCAGCAGCAGCAGCAGCAGCAGCACCAACAGCAGCAGCAGCAAUGGCAGCAGCAGCAGCAGCAACAGCAGCAGCCGCGGCAAAGUUUGCCUCAUCGCAAACAGACGCAGCUGCAGCUUUCUCCACGACUGCAGCAGCAACAGCAGCAACAGCAGCAGCCGCAGCAACAACAGCAGCAGCAGCCGCAGCAGCUGCUCUGGACAACGGUGGUAAGAAGCUGCCCGUCCCAGCGGCAACGCCAACUGCAGCAGCAACAGCAGCAACAGCAGCAGCAGCAGCAGCAGCAAGGCCAGAAGCGGCUACCAUCGAGGGAGAGGAGCAGUCAGGAGCGGUUACAGCAGUGA